AGACAACUAACUAAGCCUCCUUGGAUGCUGUAGUUAACAUCCCCAGUACAUUUUAGUACAGAUGAAAAGUAGUAUGCUUAAAUUUUGCAAUAUCAGAGGUGUGUUCGUGUACCCUCUUGGAGAAAAGGAGGUAGUGGUCAGCUUUGAGGCUGUCAUUGCGGGCCGGUUGGUGGGGGUCCAUAUCCAGAGCCGAGGGAAGCUGAAGGACUGCUGUUUGGAUUGUUGCCCUGGUUCUGGUCUUGAAGGCCACUGUGGGAACGGCCGUGAGUGGGGCUGCUGUGGGAGCGCAAGUCUGGACAUGCAAUGCACCAAUGGACAUCUCAUCCUGGACGAAGACCUAGAAAGAACGACUUUCAUUGUGGGCACGGGCGUCAUCGGCCCCAUGGAUAUAGUGUCUGUAGUCAUAAGGACCACACUUGAACUCCCAACAUUAGAAAAUGGAGCAAUACGCAUUGUCUACCCUAAUUUGCUGACUCCCAUCGUCACUGGCCAGAUGACGCAAAGCAAAAGUGAAAACGGGGGGAAAUCUGAAGAAACAGGACCAACCAGCUGUUUUGGUGCAGCCUCAGGGAAACAGGACCGGGCCCUGGACUCUGAGCAGCAGUGUGCUCACGCCAUCUUCACCAGUCCAGCUGCAAACCUGGCACCUUAUGAACUCAACUUCCAGCUGCUGGUCAGAGGGGCUUGCUUAUUGGCUGGUCUGGAAAGCCCCACUCACGCUCUGAGAGCAGAUGCAGACCCCAGUGCACAAAGUGCCUCUGCCACCUACAUCACCUUAGCACAGAAGCAUCCCUAUGACAGACACAUAGAGAUCAUUCUCCACCUCAGUGAACCUCACAGCCCUUUGGUCAUAUUGGAGAGAGGUCGAGUCUCCUUCAGUCAGUAUGAGCAGCAGAUCUGCUCCCGCCGUGAUUUCAUCCGUUUUACUCGCAAAGAUUCUGAACCUGAGAGGAAGCUGGAGUUUGUGAGGAAGCGGUACCACAAAGAUAUUCUAAAUAGCCCCGUCUUGAUGCUCAACUUCUGCCCCGACUUGCUGCGUGAGCCUCUGGAGCUGCACAAAGCUACAAGAGAAGUGCUGUUUCUUGUGGAUCGGAGUGGCAGCAUGAGCGGAACCAACAUCCAACGUGUGAAGGUAGCCAUGGUUGUGGCAUUGAAAAGCCUCCCUGCUGGAUCCAUGAUCAACAUCGUUGGCUUUGGCACCACCAUCAAACCUCUGUUCACCUCCAGCAAGCUCUGCACUGAUGUCACUCUGAUGCAGGCUCAUGAGUAUGUGCAGAGAAUGAGAGCUGACAUGAGAGGUACCAACCUGCUCGGGGCGCUCUCCUGGGUGUACCAACAGCCCAUGCAGCGUUCAUACCCUCGCCAGGUCUUCAUCAUCACAGAUGGAUCCAUCAGCAAUGUGGCUAAAGUGCUUGAGCUGGUCCGCAGGAACACAUGCGCUGGCAGAUGCUUUGGUCUGGGUCUUGGUCCUCGAGCCUGCAGGAGACUCCUGCAGGGCGUUGCCAAACUGACAGGAGGGACGACAGAGUUCCUGGAUGAUGAGGAGAGGCUUCAGCCUAAGUUAAUCAAGUCUCUGAAAAAGGCCUUUGAACCUGUGCUGACUGACGUUCGGAUUGACUGGUACCUGCCAGAAAACAUGGAGGCUUUUCUUUCACCCAAUGAAAUCCCUCCGCUUUACCCUGGGAAUCGUCUCAUUGGAUAUUGCACCCUCUUUGAUAUGACGAAUUUCAAAACAAAAAAGACAGAGUCUCAAGGACGAGGCUAUAAAGGAGUACAUCGAGACUCCACUGGUUCAGUUUUUGGUCAGUCAAAUGAUGAGCUUUCACCUCCUCCUGCCUCGGAGUUAUUGCCUGUGGUGACGUGUGCUGAUGGCACCGACUUGGAGGAGGCACUAAGGGAGAUUUCCAGAGAAAUCUCCUCUGAGUUCUCCUGUGCCAGAGACAUGGACCCUGGCACCAGCCCAGGUGUGGAGCUAGACUGGUCCAGUGAUGUGAGGAAGAGGAUUCAGCAGAGCUCUUACAUCCAGGAGCAGUAUGUCCUCACCCGCUGCUCCCUCAGUACAGAGCCUACAAACUCAGUGGCGAGUCUACAAGCAGAGUCACAGUCACACUCACACAUACAGGCCUCAUCCAACUCAGACUCUACAGGCGGGGUGUUUCUGCCCGACCCUCACUCCUCUGCUUCAGUGCUGGAUACAGGGUCUCUACCUCAGGGCCUUGAGAAGAUGCCUUUACCAGAUAAGAGAUCAUCGCUGUCUCGCUGGGCCGAGGCUGCAUGGCAACAAAACCUCUCAGCGGAAACACCUGAUAAUGGAGCAAAAAAGAGUGCUCAACUGGAUGAAAGUGAUGAAUCUCGUAGAAGACACAAAGCGCUGACCCGCUCCACCAUGGCUGCACGAAGUUUCUCGUCCCCACAGGGGGAGCUGGAGAUGCAUCGCCUGAGGAGAGCUCUGGAGAGGGUCUCCUUUGACCAGACGCUGGGAGGAAGGCUAGAGGAAAGCGAUGGAGAGACAAAGCCCCCUUCAAGGAGCACUAUGUCCCACAUAAGCCUCACUGACUCCAAUGGACUCUUGUUCCCAGCCUCUCCUCUGGACUGGGACAGCUUCACAGACCCGGAGUACCUCUUUACCGCUGCUCCAUCCGAGGAUCCCCCACCAGGUCAGUGCCGCUCGCUCAUUCACGGCAUGCUGAGUGGCAAACCUGUGUCCUGGGAGGUUUCUGUGGACCUGGGGCACCUCUGGACUUCUGAAGGCCAGGAGACACCUGAAUCUGAGGGAGAUGGAGGGGAGGAAGGAAGAAAAGUUGAACCAUGGGAGGAGAUCAUUCACCAGCUGACUGCUCGCUCAGUUAUAAGGGACUUUGAGAAGAUGGCAGAGAAGGAAGGGGAUGUUAGACAAGGUUCAGCUAAGCGAUACCGCACAAAGGCUAUCCAGACCAGUAAGCACUGUAACAUCAUCUGCAUGUACACAGCCUUCACUACCACUGAUAACAACCCCAACAAAGGCCUGCAAGAAAACAUGGACGCCCAAAACACAGGGAUUCAUUUGGGGGACAGAAGAAGUUCUCAGUCAGGUAGCCGCAGACAGAGGCCUUAUUCUGUUGGUUUGGGCAGACAGCGCAGCUGUAGAGAUGGUGAAGAGGUCGAAGACACCUGGAACUCUACAGACAGAGAUGACACUCCUGCUUCACCCUGUAGCCUUACAUCCUGGGACUCUAGUGUAGGGGGCAGUCUGUACUCUGCGACAGCUCCAUCAAUAGCAGGAGUUACAUGCACUCGCUCCCAGCGAUCUAUCGAGAGCAAGUCAAUGGAGAGCUUCUUUGGCAACAGAUUUCCUCUGGGCAGACUCAGGUCCUCUAUUUCAUCAGGAAAGCAGGUUCCUCUGAAGUCCCACUGUCUGUCUGCAGAGAAUGAAAAGCAACCUGAAACUGAAGCCCCAGACUACCUGCCCCUGGUGCGUCUGCAGCUGGCAUCAGGGGCUUUUCUUCUGACAGAGAUCUACUCUGACUGUGUUCAGAUACCCCUGGACCGCCUGAAGAGAGCUUCACCCUACAGCCUCCACCGACGCAGUCUCAGCCCGCCCUUCCGCUGCAUGUCUCCCGGUGCUCCAUCUUCAUCCACCUCCACCAAGCCUCCUAGUGGUCUCACCAGUCACCAUGUUACCUUUUCUCCUUCAUCCUACUCCCUCGCCAAACCAACUGCACCUCCUUUUCACCACACCCCAGAUGACACUCCCCUUAUGCUGGAACCGAGGCUUCGCCGCAGACAUUUGUCUGACCGAGAUCCUGCCACCUCACCCCCUGACCUCCCGAGCUCAGAGGAGGGCUCCCUUGAGUUAAUUGUUGGACCCGACCAGAGCCUGAAUCAAGGCCAGGCAGAUAGCGGUCGUGGAUCAGAGACAGAUGUAUAUGAGGGCUCUUCCAUAGAGCCUGCUGACCUCCAGGGGAGCAGCCAGUUGGCUCAAGACGACCUGGAGGGCUCGAGCUGGGCCACCGCUGUGGCUCUAGCCUGGCUGGAGCACCGCUGCGCUGGCUACUUCAUGGAGUGGGAGCUGGUGGCAGCAAAGGCAGACUUCUGGCUGCGCUGUCAGGAGCUGCCUGAGGGAGUGGACCUGGCUGGACUAAAGGGAGCUGCCAGACAGCUGUUCCUGUUACUGCGCCACUGGGAUGAGAACAUCAAGCUGAACAUGCUGUGUUACAACCCUAAUAACAUGUGAGGCCAUGAUCUCGGAGUACACUGAGCCAGACCUACUGCUGACAAAUGAUGUAACUUCUAAAACCUGAUUAAUACCUAUGUGUUGAAUCUAUGCAGAACCUUUGUAAGGAACCUUCAUCAUCUAGAACAUCUAAACUCUUUAGCUGGUAGGGAUGAGGAGGUCAUUCCUGCAGGAUCAGUUCUCAGAUGCUCGUCAGCUACUGAAUUAGAAUUGAUCCUUAAAAACCAUAUUCAGUUAUAUGAGUUUUUAGCCCAUGUUUGAUGUGAUUCAAGGAUGCAGGCAUGCAGAGUUACACACUUCUGCAUCAACCUGGUUUCACAAGGUUAGAAUGGAAAAGUCUUGUAGUGAAGAAGAAAUACAAUCAGAUGGCCGGACGUAGAAGUCUACUUCACCAUCCUCUGACCAGCAGAAGAGGUGCCAGGAUAGUUUUCAAAGUGUCAGAGCAGUGUCGUAGCACUGUUACUUUCUCAUUUUUAGCCCAAGGAAGUAAUUUCUUUAUCACUGUCUAGCCUUAAUUUCUAAACAUCAUCUUCUGAAUUGAAAAUGCAGUUGCCAUUCCAGUUCUCACUUUAUAUAGAAGCUAAAAGACUGAAGCUAGCUAAAAAAAAAUGUCUGUGCCAAAAGGGUCAUGAUCAUAGGUUGUGAUUCAACUCCACUUUCUAGAACAUAAACAUAAGUCAACACUUACGAUUCAACCAGGCGUUUAAUAAACGUGAAACAAACGGUCAAAGCCAGGCUACAGAAGCAGCUCCUUCACAACCGUAUGAAUGAGUGUGUACUUUAACACAGCACUUAGUUCAUUCAAACAUUUAGUAAUACAUGAGAAAAAUUUUAUAUUUAUGCAACAAGACUACUAUUCACAUGACAAAGACCAAGUGACCUUUAUAGAAAAUAAGCUUUAUGCAAUCACAAGAAUGACUGUCUGUAUGGGCUUUGUAGUCUGUGUGUAGCCAGUAGUGUCUCACUUUGCCAAAUGUAUAAUCAGUAAGUCAGUGUUAAAAGUGAAUGAUACUGAUUAUCAGAAUGAUUGUUUGAAAACCAAUAAAAAUUGUAUUUGAAGCUG